ACUAUCAAACAUGUCUGAGGAUGUUGAAAGUAAACCUUGCAAUUUCCACGAAAUGGAAUUGGACGACCGUAUUUUAAAGGCUAUAGCAAAAUUAGGAUGGCAAACUCCCACGGUAAUUCAAGAAAAAUGCAUUCCAUUAUUAUUGGAAGGGAAAGAUGUACUAGUACGAGCUCGAACGGGCUCUGGUAAAACUGCAGCGUUUCUAAUACCAGUAAUACAAAAGAUUUUAAACAUAAAACAAGCUGCUGAACAACAGGAAAUAAAAGCCUUGAUAUUGGCUCCAAGUAAAGAAUUGUGUAAUCAAAUUUGUGGUGUCAUUAAAGAUUUAACUAUAAAGUGUUCCAGAGAAAUAAGAUAUGUAGAUAUAUCAUUACAAGUUGAUUUAAGUAUUCAAAAACCAUUAUUAGUUGAAAAGCCUGACAUAGUAGUUGGUACACCAGGCCGGACUUUACAGCAUUUAAAAUCUGGUAACUUAAAUUUGAAGAAGUCCUUAGAAUUGCUAGUUAUUGAUGAAGCUGAUUUAGUGUUUUCAUUUGGCUAUGAAAGUGAAAUGAAAGAACUGAUUACCUAUUUACCAAAAAUUUAUCAAGCUAUCUUAGCGUCGGCAACUCUCAGUGAAGAUGUAAAAAGUUUAAAAAAUUUGGUCCUUCACAAUCCAGUUACUCUAAAACUUGAAGAGCCUGAACUUGCUCCUGCAUCGCAGUUGACACAUUACCAUUUGAAUGCAGAAGAAAUGGAUAAAGCUACCAUCCUCUAUGCAUUGUUAAAACUUCAUUUGAUACGAGGAAAGACUAUAAUUUUUGUCAAUUCUGUGGAUAAAUGUUACAAGAUCAAACUGUAUUUGGAACAGUUUGCUAUUAGAACUUGUGUUUUGAAUUCAGAGCUGCCUGCCACAAUUAGAUGCCAUGCUGUUAAUCAAUUUAAUCAAGGUAUUUACGACAUAAUAGUAGCCUCCGACGAAAAAUCAUUAGAAGAACCAUCAGGAGAAGGCGGUAAAGACAAACCGAAAAAAACCAAAAGAAGAAAAGACAAGGAAAGCGGUGUAUCCAGAGGAAUAGAUUUCCAGCACGUCGCGAACAUCAUCAAUUUCGAUUUUCCUCUCGACGUCCAGGCUUACAUCCACCGAGCCGGCAGGACAGCCAGAGGAAACAAUCAAGGCAGCGUCCUCUCGUUUAUCAGCAUGAAAGAAGUCUCUUUGAGAGACAAAGUUGAAGAGAAACUGAAGCAAGGUCAAGAAGAUAUUUCCGUUUUCAAGUCAUAUCAAUUCAAAUUAGAGGAGGUGGAAUCGUUUCGGUACCGAGCCAAAGACGCUUGGCGCGCAGUUACAAGAAUCGCCGUCAGAGAGGCGAGAUUGAAAGAAAUCAAACUGGAAAUAAUGAAUUGUCAAAAAUUGAAAAGCUACUUCGAAGAUAACCCUACGGACCUGGAAGUGCUGCGGCACGAUAAAGCUUUGCAUACAGUGAGGAUUCAACAACAUCUGAAGGACGUUCCGGAAUAUAUAGUGCCGCAGACUUUGAAAAGUUUGGCAGAUAUUACGAGGACAAGGAAACGAAAAAGGGAGUGGCGCAGAAAUGACGGCGCUACGUCCAAGUUUCAGAUGAAAAAGACCAAUCCGUUGUUGAGCAUGCAGUUCGAGGGAUUCAAGAAAAAGAAAAAAAGGUCGUAACUUUUAAUGUAAUAAUUAUUGUUAUCAAUAAAGUUUUAUUUUAUAAUUA